AUGGAAGAUGUCAUGGAGUCGGAGCCCACACCAGGGUCUCCAACCUCAGAUGAAGAAGUUGAAGAAGUUGAAGUGGAAGAAGAGGUGGAGUCCCUGGUCAAGGGUCGUGAGAGACGAAGCACUGCAGGACUCAACAUGUCCGCCUUGAUAAAUGCCGCCGCCGAUGACGACCUGACACUACUAUUUGAAGAAGUAGAAGAUGAUAACGAGUUUGCAAUGGGUGCAGAUGUUGACGAUGAAGAUGUGGCUCUAGAUUCAUCCUCAGACGAUGACGACCAAGGACCGAAUGCGCAAAACGAGUACGAGGGUGAAGACCAACUCCAGAAGGAAGAGCGCAAGAAGCGCCGGACGCAGAACGACCUCAGAUUCAAUACUCUGCGAAAACGCGUCAAGAUUGACCCUACUGCCAUCGCUGGACCGGCUGCGCCCCUUCCUCGUCCUAAGAAAAAAUCCGAACGCAUCUCGUGGCUCCCUACUGUGGAAGAUGGCCCUAUCCGAGCCUCCUCGCGACGCCAGACUAUGGUCAAUAAGGAACUCACACACGCGCGUCUACAAGAGAGUCAAGAAAAGCGUAUCCGAAUCAUCGCGACUAUGGAAGAGGCUGCGAAACGGAAGGCUCAUCUGAAACCCAAGGAGAUGACACAGGAAGAUCACCUCAACAACGCUGCGCGAAUGGAGCGAUUGAAUAGCAAGAGUGUGAAUCGGUGGGAAAAGAGAGAGAAGGAAAAGGCCGAGGAACGCCGCGCUAAGAUUGAAGCACUACAAAAUCGUCGACUGGAAGGGCCUGUCAUCUCCUACUGGAGUGGAGUGGCUACGUGGGUGAACGGUCAACUGACCAAGGUUGGCAAAGCUGAUAUUGUUCCAAAGACCGAGAAAGAUGUUAAAAGCAAGCCUAAGAAGGCUCCAGCUGCCCCGUCUGUUGUGAUCCAACUUGCAGAGAAACCUAGUGCAGAAGGUCAAGUGCAGCCAGCUCAACCUGUCAACACAUCUACCGACCAGUUUAGACCCAUCCUUACAGGCUCACCAGGUAAGCCAGUGCCUACCGUAGAGAUUUCAUGCCGCGGGUCGAUUGCACAAUCUACGAAAUCAGAUAAACAGGCCCACUCAUAUGCCAUGGAUAUUGAUACGGAUACGGCCAACGCAGAUGCUACGAAAGUGGAUUCUACACCUCCAGCCAACACAGAUGCCAUGGAAGUGGAUUCCACGGCUAAUGCGUCCAUCUCAGUUACACAGUCGGUCAUGGGUCCUGCAAGCCUGCCGGUUGCCACGAGUGCGGAUACACCAGCUUCAGAGGUGGUCCAGGCCACAAGUACAAGUACAACUGUGGAACAUGAUAAACCCAAGCCUGAUACCGCAAUUGCAGCUACGCCAUUGGCCCAUCUAACCCCUCAAGCCUCUCCAGUCCCUUCGACCAAUGCUUUCCCCCUGCAAGCCACGCAACCCGAAACAAGUGCACUUGCAAGCCUUAGCGGUCCUACACCACCUAUCCAAUCAGAAAUUCACGGGGCGCCAACAGAAACACUAGAACCUGCAGCAGUAGCCCCGGCGAUUCCACCGACUCCGCAAGUGACCGAAUACACCGGCCGCCAACUGACGAUCCUCGAGAACUUCGAUGAUAAGACGGCUCACAGCAAGAAGUACAGCAUGUACUUCAAUGCUAAAAGGCCACCCAAGCUAACAAGUAAGUCACCCACACCUGAAUUUGAAUUUGAGAGUUGCGUAGAAGAAGCAAAGACCAACUCUUCGAUAGAAAUCUCGGCGUCUCUCUGCGUCAUCACCUCACUGCCGCCCCGCUACCGUGACCCCGAGACAGGACUUCCCUACGCCAACUCAUACGCUUACGGUCAGAUCCGCAAACUCUUGGCGGAGGGGUAUACGUGGAGUUCUAUGUUGGGGUGCUUUGUAGGUGGACCGGCCUCGACAGUAGCCCGUGGAGUCCCGGAGCGAUUCCUGGGUAAACCCAAAAGCAACGAAGAAAAGGAGGCUACGGUGAAGGAGGUAGCGAGAUUGGAAGGUGAGAAGGCUCCGGGGGAUACCAGCUUGAAUGCUCCAACUGGGGAGGCUGCAAACACGGAUGCUCGUUCGAUACAAUUGUAG